CAAUGCAAUGCUGCCACUUCAGAAUAAGAACCAUGUCAAAAUUAGAAUGAAUAAAUGAAAUAACUCUUUUCGCGAGAGCAUCGCGUAAGGAAUUAUCAAGCAUAUUUAGCAUAUUUAAUCUACGAAAUUAAGUCUGCUUUUGGUAACAAAUCAAUCAAAAAAGUGCAAUCCUUUAUUUUAAAACUUUAAUAUCCUUGUUAUUACAUUUUAAUUCAUUCCCACUAUUAGAGACUCUUUAGUUUUAAGCUAUUCAGUAUUGAUUUUAAUGCAAGGAUUAAAUUUGUGUUCAAAUCAUUCAUAAUUCGCCAAGACCAAUCAUGGAGAGUAAGAUGUCGUCAGUUCGUUCCUAUGAAAUGAAAACCUGUGAUCUAGAACCCAUAUCGUUGAAAGAAUUAUCCUCAACAUUGCAAGAUCAUCUUUCAAAAAUUUAUGGUCAUGUUAAAGUAUCAGUUGUUAAUUGUCCUGAUCUAUCAAAGGAACCAUUCAAUCUAGCUGGUUCUUAUCUCGGAGGGAAAACGGCUAUAGCUGACCUUGGUGGUAUUCCUUACUUGGUGCCAGUUGGAUACGCAGCAGCACCAAUCUAUCCAUUGAUUCAUUUGGCUAAAAAGAUGGGUUUCCAAAAUGCUCAUCUUAUGGGUGGUGCUUGUGCCCCUUUUCAAAUUAUUGGAUUAGUUGCUGAUUUUAUGCCAAACAUAUCUUACUCAACUGAUACAAAAACUGGUAAAACAAAAGUCGUUCAUGGCUCUCAAUAUCCAGAAAUGGUUGAUGAUAAAAAGUAUGUAAUGCGACAUUUAGCAUCUGAUUGUGUCACUGUUUUGGCGAAUGUAUUCAUCAGUGAAAACAAACCUUCGAAGGUAAUCAAGAUUGUUGCUUCUAAGCGAGUUGACAAACGAGGAGAAAGCUUGACCAUUGCUAUCAGGGAUAUAUUACGAAUAGCUUAUCCUGAAAAGGCUAUUUCCAUGGGAGGAAUGUUUUUGGCUCGUAAGGGUAAAAUCAACAUUCACGUUAUGCCAAACGACUUCUCAAAAACACCUUGUGAUACCGAGGAAAAGGUUAAUGAAUGGUUGAAAUAUUUUGAGGCUUCGGCGCCAAUUGUUGGUCUUGUCACUCUUCAUUCAAAAGAUCCUGGUUAUGAUUUCAGAGAUGAACACACUCAUUUUAUUGGUAAAGGAGAGGGAGGACAUUAUUGUAAUGAUGUUACACCAGAUAUAAUUGAAUAUGAAGCUUACCUUAACAUUGCUCAGCAAAUAGUUCGGGUUGAUCAACCUGCUCUUAACAAUGAAAUGCCAAAGUAAAGUCAAUGGCUGGUAAUCAUUAAAUCACCAAGAAACAUAUCUAUUUGUAUUAUUAUAAUUAUUAUCAAAUAAAUUAUUAACAAUUUCUAUAAUAACUAA